GGGCGAAGCAGCAAUUGGCCCUCCGUACGCCGCCGCUGAGCACGUAUAAAUCACUCCGUGCACUCGCGCACUGCCGCAUUGCUGCAGCAAUUGGUGCAAGCGCGCCAUCCGGCAUCUAGUGAGCCGCACAGCAGCCCUGCAGGCUGCACUCUGCACAGAGCUGCAAAAAUGCCGCGGCGAGGAGGACGCCGAAAAAAGUCGCGGACCCAAGCCCAGCCCGACCGCCCCGCCGCGCCCACGAAAGACGAGCCGAAGAAGCAGCAGGUCCAGCCGAAGCGCAAGAAGGGCCACGCGCCGCCGCCGCAGGCCGCGGACCCGGACGAGAAACGCGUGCCUCGGACCAUGAUUGUGCGGAGAGGUGCCACGGACAAGCGGGUCCAGGAGCUCGUGCGGGAAUUGAGAAGAGUGAUGGCGCCGCACACCGCGGAGCGGUUGAAGGAAAGGCCGGGAAAUAGUCUGAAGGACUUUGUCCAUGCCGCACAACCGUUGGGAGUGUCUCAUUUGUUGGUACUGGGACAGCAGAAGGACCAGGUCAAUCUAAGAGUGGCAAGAUUGCCCGGCGGGCCCACUUUAUCUUUUAAAAUCAGAAGCUUUUCUUUGGUGAGGGAGGUCCGCGCGCAGCAGAAGCGGCCCUUCGAGAGCAUGGCGGCGUAUGCGACGGCACCGUUAGUCGUGUUGGACAGCUUUGGCAGCAAGGAGAAGCACGUCGCUCUGCAGCGCGUCACGUUCGAGGCUCUGUUCGCCCCGAUCGACGUGUCGACGGUAAAAGUGGCGGACAUGCGCCGGGUUGUGUUAUUCCACAGGGACGGCGACGGCGUGGAAAUGCGCCAUUAUGCGGUCCAAGCUUCCGCUGCAAACGUGUCGAAGCCGGUCAAACGAGUGGUGGAAGUAAAAAACAUCCCCGAUUUGUCGAAGCUCAAAGAUAUAUCGGAGUACGUCACGCGCAUCGAUCCAGGUAGCGACAGCGAGGGCGAGGACGCCGUCGCGCCCAUGGCCGGCAAGUUUGGCGGGCGAGGCAACGUCGCGAAGCGCGAAUCCAAAAUAAAGCUCGUGGAAUUGGGGCCGCGGCUGCGGCUGCGCCUCUACAAGGUCGAGCGCGGCGUGUGUGCGGGCGACGUCUUAUACCACGCGUUCCGCGAGGACCCCGGCGAGGCUUCCGGGGACGACGACGACGGCGCGAGCGGCGGCGGCGAGAGCGACGCUGGCGGGAGCGAUGCUGACGAGAGCGACGACGGCGGCGAGGCGUCCGGGGACGACCUCUUCGCCGACGACGACUCGGACGCGCCGCCGCCGAAGAAGCAGCGGCGCAAGGGCGCGAAGCCCCCGUUCGGGCGGUGAGCUGAGACGUCGAGACCCCGUUCUAGUAGAGUGUAAGUCUAUGUUACCCG